AUGGACGCCAACGUGGCCAGUGUGGACGCAACUGUGGACGCAAAUGGUAAUGCGGAAGAGAACCAGGCUGCUCCAAGCGUGAGCGGUACACGCGCCGGCGUAAAACGACUUUCGCUAUCCUCGUCGCUUUCGUUGCGCAGACUCAGCGGUCAGUUCUCUCCGCAGCGCCUUGGAAGGGCCUACUCCAAGCGCAAGAGCAGCGGCUCCACCAUCCAGCCCGCGCCGUGA